GGGCUACAUAAACAGAGCCUUUUGGACCAAAGAGGUAACUGGCUUAUUACAAACAGAGCCUCUCUCUGCCUUUGCCCUCUUUUCCAUUUUCAUGGUUUGAUGGUUAGGUAAUAGAAAUAAUGAUAAGAUCAUUUGAGCUUCAGGGGCAGUGGUUCCCAUUACCCAAAGUGGGUCCCACUCCAACCCCCAUUCAUCACAUCACCACGGCCGCUUCUCUCCGCCUCGGCCACCAUCUCGCGCAUCACCAAUUCCGUCUUGAUUCUCUUUUUCGUUCCUACUUUCAGAAACUUGCUCAUAUUAGUUCCCUGCAUAGAUUGAAGGAAGGAAUUAAUUUUCUGCCAUUGUCGAGUCAUGCUUCACCUUGCUUUAAUUUCUUUAAUGGGGGAGAAACUAGCAAUGACUCCACAAAUGAAGGGAUGUCUAACUCUAAGGUGUCCAGUAUAAACUUCUUCAAUGGGAGGCAAUGGACUAAUGUCCUCCUUGCUCUUAAUAUCUUAGUUUACAUUGCACAAAUCGCAACACAAGAUGAGUUACUCCUAUGGGGAGCCAAGAUAAAUAGGCUCAUCGACAAAGGGCAAUUGUGGAGGCUGGUCACAUCUUCCUUUUUACAUGCAAAUGUUGGGCACCUAAUGGUUAAUUGUUAUUCUUUAAAUUCAGUUGGUCCUACCAUGGAGAAGAUCAGUGGUCCUAAUAGAUAUCUUGCGCUCUACUUUGCCUCUGCAAUUGCAAGUUCAGCGAUGAGUUAUUGGUUCAGUGAGGCACCUGCAGUUGGUGCAUCAGGGGCUGUCUUUGGAUUAGUUGGAUCUCUUGCUGUCUUUGUCAUGAGGCAUAGAGGUCUGGUUGGACGUGGCAAAGAAGAUCUACAGCAGAUAGCACAUGUAAUUGCCGUAAAUAUGGCUAUGGGGUUUUUCUUCAAAGGCAUUGAUAACUGGGGACAUUUUGGAGGCUUGCUCGGUGGAGUUGCCACAUCAUGGCUUCUAGGUCCUGCAUGGAAGUACGAAUCUCCCUCCAGUGAUGGUCGAAGAAUCUUUUCUGACAAGGCUCCUAUUUUCUACCUCAUCAACGCAAAGAAGAGAUCCUAGACAUUUUAUUCCUAUGCAAGCAUAUUGACUUCCCUGAACUUUUUGUGAUCAACAGACUUUGUAGGGUAGCAGAGCCCUAAACCCUAAUUUACUUUGGUAGGCUGUAUCAUCCAAGUGUAAUGUUGUUUCUCACUAUAAAGAAGAAUUAAAUUACUUUGACCUCUUUUUUUCAGUUAA